UUUUCUGGGGAUUUUUUUUUUUUGGCGCACUGAACCCUGCCCAACCAUCAUUGUGUCAAGUUGUGUGACGUCACCGAGUCACGAUCUGACUCCGCAUAAAGUGUCCGAGUGAGACGACAGAAGAUUAGAAGAUUCAAGAACGUCGGCCAUCACUUUGACGUCAAACUCCCGAUCUUCUCGCAGUUAAAACAGCAGAUAUUAUUAUCGAAAGCAAGAAUUCUUCAAGUUCAAGAGAUUAAGCAGAAUGAGGUCGCUCGUUCUCGUGUCCUUGGCCGCCCUAGUGCUGUGUGCAGCAGUGUCUGCUCAGGAUUCAGAUGGCUCAGAUACACCCCCAAGAAUAGGGCGUCCAAAGACAGAUUUUUCAGGACAGGAACGCCCAAAUUCUGACGAUUCGGCGCCAUCCAAGAAAGGAAAGCGGCUGUUCCUCAUGAUUCGAUCUUUGGAAAGAGUUCUGAAAAAUCUGGGUCAAGCGGACUAUGCGGAGGAGUCCUGGAAAGACUGCAUUAAAGACACGAUUCUCGGAAUGAAAGAUUAUCUGGAAGAAGAGGACGACGAUAUAGAAACACAAGGUAGUCCCCCUCCUCCCAAGCCACGUGGUCCCCGUCGCCGCCAACAGCGUAGGGAAAAGCCAGAGGUCUGAUGGGAAGCAGCCGGUCGCUAUGUGUACAGUGAAUUCAGCAAAGACGAGAAAAAAUAAGAACCAUCAAACCCACCAA